AUGGACGUGGCAGCAUUACGUCGAUUGCAGCAUCGCAUGGAGGCGCGCGGUAGGGCCGCCCAAAGCUGCGUUGUGAAUUGUGACUACAGUAGACCACAUUGCACCUGCGUGCCGCGCCAUCAGCAUGAUGAGGGAGGAGGUAGGGAUGACACCGAAGUGGCGACCGCUUCAAAUCAUAUCAACAAGCAGGGCAACAACGGCAAUAGCUCCAUAGUCACUCUCAGUGGCGCCGCGCGGUCGUGGCUGGUGCAACGGCUGGAGGACAUAGAAGUAGAUAUAACGGGAGGUGCUGCGCAGCACAGUCGGGCCGUCCCGUGCUGCUGCAGUUGCUGUCAAGGUUACCAUCACAGCUACCAUGAGCCAAAGGAAGGCUCCAAUGUGUAUGCGGGAUGUUUAAAUGGGAAAGGCAGCGAAAAGGGACAAGCGGCAACACCGUCAGUGAGUGAGGUACGUGCUGAUUGUAUUCAGCAACAGGCUGAUGGCUCUCCCACCGUGGCGGAUGGGCGCAUCAAUUCCUCUUCACCAGCUCCACGAACGUACGACGUGCCGACUCUUAGGGGAACUCAAAAUGUGCUCAAACCUGCCAAAUCAUCAAAGUUGCUACAUGCUUUACUCCGGAACGCGCAGAUGGUUGCAGUACCAGCAAAGGCACGAGAGUGGGAAAACGACCCCGAGAGUGAGCCUGACACUCCCUCGCGUAGCGCAGGUUCAACGUUGGAAAGUGCCAAAAGGGUAUUCAGGGAACGGAAGCGAGCUGCUACCGUGCCAAAAACACAUAGUGCUACCGAGUCUACCCGUACUUCUGCCAUGCGGACUCGAUCGUCGUCGCUUCUACCGACAGAUAGGCAGCAUCGGACCGCAACAGAGACAGCAACGGAGGGUUAUUCCCAACCUCCGUCCGUUACUGUGUAUCCCCACGUCAACCGUGAGGUGUCUCAGCGUCCUGUUGGGGUUAGUCCAAGGGAUGCAGCAACCGACACAUCGCCUUUAAAGUCCGUUGUAGAGCGCUCGGUGCAGUGCACACCGUUGGUAACAUCGGCAUCCACCCAGCGAGCGCUUGCCCUUUCGGUUGCUAUACAAACAGAGGACGUCGCCGACCCUUCGCGUUCGUUUCCAAAGGGAUCUUCGGGGUCCCUUGCGGGGAAGCAGUUGCAGCAAUCAUCCUCGACUAGCACUAACGGCCCUGCUACUCUCUCAGCGGAGGUGACGUCUCCGACAUCGCGGUCAGGAGCGUCGGAGUCUCACGAACAAGGUUCAGCAGGACGAUAUGUUUCUAACACAAAAGCAACGACAGCAACGAUGGAACCGUCACCAACUGAAGUUAUUAACGCCCUGCGUGAGAAAUUGCUGUUAGAGAAAGCGGAUGCGUACGUACGUUUGCUGGAGCAGCAAGUGAGUGGAGAGCUUCAUACAAAGGGCAGAGUAGAGGAGGAAGAGGCGCACGCUCGAAGUCACAACCAGGAGAGGAUUCUUUCUUUACUUUCCCGCCUGCACCAGGAAGACCGAGAGAUCAUGGAGGCCUUGUAUGACGCCGUGAAUGAGAAAGAGACCCUAGAACAAGCCCGCAGUCUGGUAGCAUCCUCUCUUCCUGUUUCAUCUCCGUCUGUCUCCGCUUCCGCUUCCGUGCCUCCUCCAGGGCAGUCCUUCGGUGAUGUUUCCCAGGAGUCGAUGCAGACCUCAGCGCGGCCGGUGUACGGUAAAAACUCAUUUCCAGAAGAGGUGUUGGCCGCGUAUGAACAGUGUUCAGCGGAACCGUCACCGCAUCCUAAACCGCCAGCAGGCAUGACGCCACUGACUACAGCGGGAUCCCCACAGACAGAAGUUUCACAGGGGAGCAUGAGGGCUUGGGUCGACAGAUACUUCAGCGACUCUCUGGACCCGCAGCACCGGGCACUCCUGCAUCACGUUCUUCUUUCGAGGGAGGCGGAAGUUCGACGUGCUGAAGCUGCGGAGUCACAAUGCAGGAAAUUAAAAAGCAGGCUCUGCACCGCGGAUGCACCGUCGUUGAUGUUAACAGAAGGAUCAGGGAAACAUGAAAGUCAGAAACUGAGCGUCCCAGCCGUUUCAGGUGGAAACGAGGAGGAAUCAAAGGUACCCGACCUCCGACGCGAUGGAUCGGGGAUCAAGUCUAGCGAGCUGAGUUGUUCAAUGCCACCACCGGCCCCACCACGAACUGAAAACCUCCCCAGUCGCGGCAACGAUCGUGCGGUGAACGCUUGUGGUGCUAACCCUUCCGCUACUUCCUCUUCUCCUUCGAGGGCGGUAAACGAGGAGGAACUGCAGCGCUGGAAAAGCCGCUGUGACGCUAUUGAACAACAACACCGCGCCAGUGUUCAUCGAUUAGCGGAGCUACAAACUUAUAUUGAGCAGCUGCGGCGCGAUGCUCACCAAGCGGUCGUAAAAGUUGCGACUGCCGGCACCGUUACAGUGCCCACCGCUCCCAAUCUCCCCACCACCACGCUGCCGCAGCCAAACGAAUCGACUGUCCAAAUGUCUUCCGUCCGUGACAUGUGGUCUCCAGGGAGCGGCCCCACGAGAGGCGUGAGUGAUACAUUGUCUUUUACGCAGCCACCAUCCAGCACGUGUCAACCCCACUCGACAGUAGCGCCUCUGUCUACUUUUGAGCGGCCUUCCAAACCAGCAACAGAAAUGGGACCCCUUAGCGGCGUGACUCCUCCCACUUCCCUUUAUCCCACUUCUGUUCCUACUACUACCACCGUACAGACGUCUACUGGAAACCGUGAGGCAGCAUUGCAGAUGCUUCGGGAGGAGUUGGAUGCAGAAUGCUCUCGGUUUGCUGAUGAAUCACGCCGCUGGCAACAGUUUGUGGAAACCCAGAGAAUUUCUUUACAGAAGGGUAAGGGUGGCUGA